CAAAAUAUUUUAUCAUUGAAACCAAAACAAAGCGAUUGAAAUAAAACAAAUGUUUUAAUUUAUAUAGAAAGUAAUACAAAAACAAAAAUCUGUUGAUUAUUUUCAGCAAAUUGUUUACGAAGAUAUUUCUAAAGUAAAAAGCUGUUUUAUUGCGAUCGCCGACAUCACCACAAACUCUUGCCUACAACGUUUUUCUACUGAGCUGCUUCAUCGGCAACAACAACAACAUUAUGGACUCCAUUACAACAGGAUUAGCAACAUCAACUCUGGACGGCAAGAAAUUUGAAAUUCAACAAUCAAUUCCUAGUGGUUCUAUAAAGAAAGGUCCUCAUACUAUUGUGCGUUCGGCCCAUUUAAAUGAUGGCAUUGCAAUCAUACGCAGAUUUGGUGAAGGUUCCAAACCUUUAUUUGACCGUGAUCAUAUUGCAGUUACCGCCUCAGAUGCCCGUGAUACUGGUUCAGGUCAUGAGUGCAAUGCUGGCUGUAAGACUAAAUCAAAUCAAAGAAGUUCCUCAACUAAAUCAAGUUCACCGGAGAGGUAUCGUCAUCGUGACACCAAAAAACAUUCCUCACCUAUUUCUGGUCGACGUAAGUCUCCGGAAAGGUCUAGUCGUAGUGAAAGACCCAAUCAUAAUCAUGAUAAACUCGCACAUACUGUAAAAUAUAACAAUAUAAAGACUGAUAAAUGUAAAAUAAAACUAAAGAUCAAAUCUCGUUCACCAUCUCCAACAAAGGAAAAGCCAGUCGAAAAAGUCCCCUACUAUCGAGAUCAACAACGUGAAAAAGAUCGUUUAAGACGUUUAUAUGGACGUUCACGUUCUCGUACACCGCCACGACACACCGCAAAAAAAUACAGCCCCUUGGCGAAUCGUCGUAUUGCAAGUCCUACAAGAAGAAGAAGACGUUCGACAAGUAGAGAGCGAUAUCGUAAACAUUCACCAUACCGAAAUUUAUUAAGGAGAGACUAUAGAAGUCGUAGAUCUAGAACACGUUCAAGAACUCGUUCUCCGCAAAGACGUGAUCGUCACAAACAUUAUUUUAGGUCUAGUAGAGAGCGUGACAAUGAACACAAAGAUGAUCCCAAUGUUUUAGCAACUGCAAUUAUACCUACAACACCACAGUUUAUUCCAAUACCAGUAGCAGUGCCAGCUGAUUAUGCUGCCUAUUCAUUCCCCGGUUGGACAGCUCCACAACCAUCAUGGCAUCCAUCUCUACAUCGGCCACCUCCGGCCUCACACUUCGCUCCCUUUACCAUGAUGCCUAUGAUGCCUCCGAUGAGACCACCACAUCAAACGGCAUAUGGUGGUAUGCCACCAAAUUUACCUUACGCACCAAUAACGGCAUCAUAUCGUACUCAUGCUCCACAAAGAUAUCCCCCACCAAGGCAUAACACAAACUAUCAAUCUCGGCCGAAAAAGCCCUUUAGUUAAAUUUUAGAUUAAAUUUACAUAUUUAAAUAAAACAUUAUUUUAUAGUAGUAAUGCUCUAUGGAUUUUAACAGCACUUGGAAGAACGUAAUAAAUUGUUUUUUUUUA